CUGAUUAACUAAUUAUUGUUUUAUUUGACGAACAAAAUGGCGAAUCAGUGGCCAAUUGGGGAAUACCUUUGGCCGCAAUCGCCGACAUCAAGAAAGACCCCUCUUUUAUAAGCGGCAAAAUGACAAUCGCCCUUUGUGUCUAUUCCUUACUAUUCAUGCGGUUUGCUAUACGAGUAAAGCCGAGGAAUUUAUUAUUAUUUUCGUGUCACUUGACGAACGAAUGCGCACAAGUGGUGCAGGGAUUGCGGCUCAUUAACCAUCAAUACCUCACCCCUCAAGACAACGCUUGACUCUCUCUUUAAUCUCACAAUUUAUUUAAUUUAAUGCUAUUUUGUUAGAAAACUAUUCAAUUUAUAGACUAAAUUAUUAUUACUUUUUAAAUCUCAA